UUGACAUAGAUUUUGCAGUAACUCAAAACAGUCGUUUUGUUUUUGUUUUUAACUUUGGUGCGAUCCAUCAUCAGGAUUUAAAAAUAAAAUGCUAAUGUCACUUUGAAAAAGCAAUGGAACCUGAUUGGAGGAUCAAACAAAGCGUUAAAAGCUAAGAAUCUUGUUUAUUAGGAAAUAGAAUCAAUCUUGUUUAAAAAAUGGAUGGCUUGCCUUUUACCAAAUAGUGGAAUAUUAAGGUCACUACAGUGAAGAGAUUCCAUUACAAAAGCCAACAAAAGAAGAUCAACAAUAGCCUCUCCGUGGAUAUCUUCUAUUUAAUCCCCUUUGCCAUGAGCUCAGUUUCUCUAUUACACAACCAUGAACACCAUCAUCACAGUUCUCCUGUUUCUGAUCCCAGUUUUCCUUCUCCUAACCAAGAGAAAAAGAUCACCGCAAAGGGUUCCUCCAGGUUCACUCGGACUACCGCUCAUAGGUCAAAGCCUCGGCCUUCUCAGGGCCAUGCGAAGCAACACGGCAGAAGAAUGGCUUCGGAAGAGGAUAAGGAAGUACGGUCCAAUAUCGAAGAUGAGAUUAUUUGGGAAACCAGCAGUUUUCAUCUAUGGUCAGGCUGCAAACAAGUUUGUAUUCGCCAGUGACAGCAGCAACAUUGUUAACCAGCAAGUCAAGUCGGUUAGUUCGAUUCUGGGUGAUCGAUGUAUCUUGGAAUUGACCGGAGAAGAUCAUAAGCGAGUUAGAGAUGCUCUUGUUACAUUCUUGAAACCUGAAUCAUUGAAACAGUAUGUUGGGAAGAUGGAUGAAGAAGUCAGGAAUCACCUUGAGAUGCAUUGGCAUGGCAAGCAACAAGUCACGGUUUUACCAUUGAUGAAGACCCUUACAUUCAACAUAAUCUGUUCUCUUCUAUUCGGAGUCGAAAGAGGAACAAGAAGAGAUAAACUUGCCAAUGAUUUUCGAUAUAUGAUAGAAGGAAUGUGGUCGGUACCGGUUAAUUUGCCUUUCACACGCUACAACCGGAGCUUGCAGGCGAGUGCAAGGGCCCAGAAGUUGUUGAAAGUUCUCAUUGGUGAGAAGAGAGUAGAUCUAGAGAAGGGUGCUUCACCUCGCCAAGACCUCAUCACUUGUCUGCUUAGCAUUCGCAACGAGAAGGAUGAACAAGUCAUAUCCGAGAAAGAGAUUAUUCACAAUGUUAUGCUCAUCAUGGUUGCAGGAUAUGAUACUUCGUCUGUUCUUCUCACGUUCUUGUUGCGCCUUUUCGCUAAUUAUCCUACCAUAUAUGCAGCUGUUCUUCAAGAACAAGAUGAGAUAGCAAGGAGGAAGCCUAAUGGGGAGCUUCUGACAUGGGAAGACCUUGCCAAGAUGAAAUACACAUGGAAAGUAGCCAUGGAAACUCUAAGAAUGUUCCCACCAAUCUUUGGUGGUUUCCGGAAAGUUGUAAAAGAUAUUGAGUACGGUGGAUAUUUCAUUCCAAAGGAUUGGCUGAUUUUCUGGGUUACCGGCAUAACACAAAUGGAUGAUACUAUAUUUCCGGAACCAUCAAAGUUCAAUCCAUCGAGAUUCGAGAAUCCAGCUUCACUGCCACCUUACUGCUUCAUUCCAUUUGGUGGGGGACCUCGGAUAUGUCCAGGAUACGAGUUUGCAAGGAUUGAAACCCUUGUUUCAAUUCAUUAUCUGAUUACUCGGUUCACUUGGAAGUUACUAUGUUCAGAUAACUCUUUCAGCAGGGAUCCAAUGCCAGUCCCAACUAAAGGAUUACCAGUUCAAAUCAGUCCUAGAAAACUGCCCUAAUAUUGUAGUCUCUUGGUAGCUUAACUUACAAGAUUCCUGUUGCAGAGAAAAUGAGCUUUAUUUUGUUCACAUAUUUAGGUAGGCCAGUAAAACACAGUAGGAAUCUCGGAAUUAUAUCAUUGGUCGGAAUGGCAUUUCACUACUGAAAAUGUUUCCCGACAAUGUCCGAAUCUCUAGAAGUUUCCCACAAAUACUCGCAUCUAACGUAUGUCAUUAAAUAAGCAGACACUACAGCUCCAUGCAUAAAACUAAUAUUUGACUAAAAGAAUGGCUUUCAUAGUUUUAUCAGCAUCAAUGUUCGAUUUUCUAUCAUAUCUAUAACAGUUGAUACCUGAAA